AUGUGUUUAUGGUAUAGAAAAAUUGUUGAAGAUCCAAUUAAAAUUUCAACACCUUAUGGUGGACGUUCUGUUUGGUUAUUACCAGGAAAAAAUCGUUUAAUUGUUCACGUGAAACAUAAAUAUUUAAUUCGAUAUAAAAAACGUUGGAGUCGAGUUCAACUUGAUUGUGAUGUUGAUUUCAAACUUGAAGCUGUUCUUUUAUUAGUUGAUCGAAUGCGUAAAAAUCGUAAAAUACUUGCUGUUUGUGGUCAAAUUCAUCCGACUAGCGAUGAAUUAGAAUCAACUGUUUGUAGUAUAGUUUGCUGUCUACGUUGUUUUUUGCUAUCACGUGCUUCAUCAUUGAUGGAUGAUAAUGUUAUGCGACGUUAUGCAAAUAAAUCAACAGAAACAGCACAUUAUGAUCAAGGUGAAAAUCUUUGGUUAAAAACACUUCUAAUUGAACAAGUUUAUCGAGUUGAAUAUUGUGAUGCAUCAGACGCUUAUACACAUGCACAAGAAACAUUUAAAGAAUUUUUUAAUCAACAUCGUCAUUGGAUGUCAUCAACAAUAGUUAAUAUUAUGGAUUUACUUAAAGAUACUAAACAUACAAAAGACAUGUUAAUGAAAUUAUUUCAAAAUUAUGUUUUAUCAAGCUGUUUUUUUAUUUCAACAAUGUUACGAUGA